AUGGAUGGCGAUGGAACCGACACUACAAGCCCUAAAUCAUACUCUGGAAUACCGGAGGCUGUAUUUGUAGAUAAUGUUGAUGAAUUCAUGAGCAAGCCAGAAAACUCCGGUGGUGUUGAUAAAGUUUUGAGAAAUCUCGAUGAACAACAUGCUAAAUACAAACAUAUGGAGUUAUCACUGGCUACUAAACGCAGACGGUUACGACAACAAAUACCAGACUUAGCACGGUCUUUGGACAUGAUUGAAAAGUUGAAAAUCCAAAAGGAAGAAAUGGAAACAAAGUUCCUUCUAAGUGACCAAGUAUUUGUAAAGGCAAAUAUACCACCUACAGAUAAAGUGUAUCUGUGGCUUGGGGCAAACGUAAUGCUAGAAUAUGCUUUAGAAGAUGCUGAAAAUCUACUAUCAUCAAAUAUGGUCACUGCUAAGAAAAACUUAACUCAUGUGGAACAUGAUUUAGAUUUCUUAAGAGAUCAAUGGACAACUACAGAAGUAAACAUGGCUAGAGUCUAUAACUGGGAUGUGAAGAGACGUCAAGCUGCUAAAGCAUCUAGUUAA